UCUAGCCCCGCCUCGGUGCUCCGGCCGGAGGACUGACGGCAGGGAGGCGCGGAGGAGGGGGGUGACAAGAUGGCGGAGGCCUCGGCGGCGGCCGCCGUGUCCCAGCACCGCUUCUUCUGCCACAGCUGCAAGGGGGAGGUCAGCCCCAAGCUGCCGGAGUACACGUGCCCGAGGUGCGAGUCCGGCUUCAUCGAAGAGGUCACGGAUGACUCCAGGUCCCGCCGUCCCGUCCCCUCUGUCCCCGCGGAGCAGAGGAGCAGCGAGAGCUACUCGCCCCGGCGCGGUGGUUUGGGCUCUUCCUCCUCCUCCUCCUCCUCCUGCUUCUCACCGCACGCCUUGGCCCCAAAUCCCCGAGGGAAAACGCCGCCGCGUGCGGGGCGCCCCCCGAGGCCAGGCCGCUUUUGGGGUCGGGGCGGGGGGAGGCUUCACGGCUUGGAGCAGCGCCCGAGGCCGCGGGAUCCCCUGCACCCGCUGGGUCCACGGCAAGCAGCAGCAGCAGCAGCAGCAGCACCGGCGGCACCGAGCACCCCCACGGCACGGCCGUGCCCCCCCCCCCCCCCCCCCCCCCCGCCCCGGGCGGUGCAUCGGGGCCCCGCGGGACACCCCGCGCCCUUGCCCCGCAGCAGGAGCAGCUCGCACGCCGUUUGCUCGCCCCUCUCUCGCUCGGGGCACGCGGGGACCGUGCUGCUGGCGGGGCUCCCCCCGGCUCUCCUCGCGGUUUUCGGGGGGGGGGCCCUGCUCUCACCAGCUCUUCCUCUCCAGUUUUCUAGACGGCAGCGGCGUAGACGACAGCCCGUCCACGCAGUUCGCAGAGCUUUGGGACCACUUGGACCACACGAUGUUCUUCCCCGACUUCCGACCCUUCCUGAGCAGCGGCUCGCUGGACCAAGACGGCAGGGACAACGAGAGGGGCCACCAAGCCCACGCCGACCUCUGGGGGCCCAGCCGCCCCCCGCGGUUGCCCAUGACGCGGAGGUACCGCUCCCGGGGCAGCUCGCGCCCCGACAGGUCUCCUGCCAUCGAGGGAAUAAUACAGCAGAUCUUCGCGGGGUUUUUCGCAAACUCGGCGCUUCCCGGCUCGCAGCACCCGUUCUCCUGGAGCGGGAUGCUGCACUCGAACCCUGGGGACUACGCGUGGGGACAGAGCGGCCUCGAUGCCAUCGUCACCCAGCUCUUGGGACAGUUGGAAAACACGGGACCACCCCCGGCCGACAAAGAGAAGAUCUCCUCUCUCCCCACAGUGACAGUAACUCAGGAACAAGUCGAUACGGGCUUGGAGUGUCCCGUGUGUAAGGAGGACUACACGGUGGCCGAGCAGGUGCGGCAGUUACCCUGCAAUCACUUCUUCCACAGCAACUGCAUCGUGCCGUGGUUAGAGCUGCACGACACGUGUCCGGUGUGCAGGAAGAGCUUAAACGGCGAGGACUCGACCCGGCAAGCACAGAACCCCGAGGCCUCAGCGAGCAACAGCUUCAGCAGUGAAAGCCAGCUACACGACCGAUGGACUUUCUGACCUCGGGGGCUUCCUCGGGGGGCUCUGGCCGGAGCGUUCUUACUACAGAUGUACAUUGUAUUAUAAUUCAAACAGAGUAGCAGGAAAUAUAGGGCAGGGGAGGGCACCCACCCCGUGGUAUCACUGCGA